CCGGAGAAAACCCCCGAAGCCCAGCCCUCUGGACAGGUCAUACACAUAGUGUCACAAGACGAGAUCUGAAUUCUGAGCUGCUCACUGUAGUGGUGACAAGCUACAUUAUAUGGCGGUCAACCAGCUACAUACUCUCGCUCUCCUAAUAUCUACAUACGUGUUUAGUUUAUCCCUAAAUGUUUAGAUUCUUAAUCUGUAUACCCUCGAAAACAAAAUGGCCGUGCCAACAGGCUUUGGAAACUGGCAAGAAGCUUUAGAUAAUCUCCUGCACGAGGGCAAACGCUGCUGCUUAUCCAGUGAAUUUCAGCAGAUUAAAUGUGAUGAAGAUCGGGUGAAAUUUAUAAUCAACAAAAAAUUAUUACUAAAUGUCAGCUGGCUAAAAUUCUACUUUAGGGAGUGUUGCUCACAGUUUCACACAAAGUCUGGAGAGAAAGCAGCACAGCACAGAAGUCUUGGAAAUAAACUUUUUCAGGAGAAGAAAUAUCAGGCAGCACUUUUACACUACACCAAGAGUGUACAGUUUGCUCCAAGUUCGAUGAAUGACUUGGCUCUUGCCUAUGGUAACCGGUCAGCAGUUCUGUUUCAUCAACUGCAGUACCAGGAAUGUUUGACAGACAUAACACGAGCAAUGGAAGCUAGAUUUCCAACAGAGUCCAUACACAAGCUGCACAUACGCAGAUGCAGGUGUUUUCUGAAGCUAGGUCGUACUAUAGAUGCUAGAGCAGAAAUGGACAUUUUGCAUCUUUUAGCUGAUAAAGCUGACAGCAAAGAAACAAAAGAAAUCAUUUCACAAGAAUUAAAAAAACUAGAAAAAGAUUUGAUAGAUGCAGAUACGCAGCUGAUUGUAAAUACCCAGGCACAUUGUGAAUUUGACCUGAGUGUGUCACAUGAACAAAAUGACAUUCUUGUCCAAGCAUCCUCUGCAAUUUGCCUGAAAAUGUCAUCUUCUCAGGGCAGAUUUCUUGAGGCAAAGUAUGACAUAAGUGCAGGAGAUACCCUGAUUGUUGAGCGACCAUUUGCUGCAGUUUUGUUACCAGAUCAUUACAGUACCCAUUGUCAUAAUUGUUUUGUGAGACUACCUGUUAAUCCUAUUGGAUGUCAGCGGUGCAGCCAUGUACUAUUCUGCCAUGAAGACUGCAGAGAUGUGUCCUGGAGGACAUUUCACAGUGUGGAGUGCCCAUACCUGGACAUCUUGCAUUCAGUAGGCAUUGCACAUCUUGCCUUACGCAUUGUUGUAACAGCUGGAUUACGCUUUCUUCUCGAAUUUCUUCAAGAUGAAAAACAGAGAAGUGGUCGAGUCCCUGGUUUAACACCUGAAGGCCGUUACGAGCGAAAUUACCUGACAGUGUUUGAUUUAAUGACUCAUACUGAUGACAUGAUGCUGGAUGAUCUGUUUCAAUACUCCUUAACAGCAGCAUUGUUGCUUGGAAUACUAGUUCAUUCAGGGUGGCUAGAUUCUUCUUCCACAUCACCUUCACAGCUGGACACACAUAAUGGCAUCCUCCAUGGUUGGGAGGAGAAAUUUACAAGAUUUUUGAAGUUUAUAAAGGAUGAAGAAGCAGAAGAUGAACAAGAUGAAGAAGAGGCCCAAGCUGGCAUUGUUGUUGGUGGCCUAUUGCUAAGACAUAUUCAACAGCUUGUGUGUAAUGCACAUGCAAUCACAACUUUGCAGACAACACAGGCUGACAAAGAAAAUGCUGUACAGUUACAGAGUCAGGUGCGAAUUGCUACAGCAAUAUACCCGACAGCCAGUCUGAUGAAUCACUCCUGUGAUCCAACCAUCAUAUCUAGUUUUCAUAAGGAUAUUUUGGUUGUCAAGAGCAUUAAGGACAUUUCAGCAGGAGGAGAAAUCUUCAACUGCUAUGGUCCUCACUGGAAACGCAUGAAGCUGAAAGAGCGACAAGAAAUACUCAAGACACAGUAUUUUUUUGACUGCCAGUGUGAGCCCUGCUUAAAGGAGGAAGAUGGAAUGAAAAUCUGGGAUACUGUCCUGUGUCAGACCUGUGGAAAUUCAAUGUCAGUCCAGCAGAAGGCAGAUGUGUGUUCUAAUUGUCAUGUCACUUGUGAUGUGGCAGCUAUGCUGUCUGAGCUGCAGGUGGGAGACAAACACUUCACAGAAGGCAUUCAGCGCAUGGAGUUUGAUGACCAUCAGCGUGCUAUGUCUAGUUUGGAAGCAUGUCUUAAAAUUCGUGAAAAACUGUUAACCCCAGAUCACCAUGACCUUGGACAAGUGCAUGAUGCGAUGGCUCAAUGUUUUGCCAUGACAGGUCAAUAUGGGCUAGCAGCAGACCACUUGUCACUCAGUGUGACAUCAGCAGAAGCCAUGUUUGGUGUGAGCAGCCUGGAGGUUGCGAGAGAACUCCACAAGAUGGCAGAGGUGCAGGUCAGUGCUGGACGACCUGCAGAGGCCUUGACCUCAGCUACUCGAGCAUUGCAGCUGGCCAGGACCCACUAUGUUGAGUCCAGCGAUUGGGUGCAAGAACUGUUGUGCUUUCAGAUGGCCUUGAGCAAGCUCCUGGCCAAGUAGAUGUCCAUGGUAGAGGGGAAAGGAAAGAUGAAUAUGGAGGCAGUGGGCUUGGACUUGAUGGGACAGUUUAUGGCAUUGUGACAUGAUUGAACAUAUAAAUAAAUGUGAAAAUAAGUUUGA